AUGUCCUCUCAUUCUCUCCUGAUGGUUCUGCUGGUUCUCACCUGCCUUCAGUCCUUCACAACGACCCAGGCUGCAAAAGAACCAGAUUUAUGCUGUUUCACGUUCCAGAAGAGAAAGGUGCCUGUACAGUUUAUUACUAAGUAUAAAGAAACUCACCGUGCCUGUUACCACCCUGGAAUCGUUUUUAUCAUGAAGAGCGGUCGUCGUGUGUGUGCAGACCCCAGAGAUCAAUGGGUGAAGGAGCACAAGGAAAACAUUGAUCGGCGCCUUUAUGGAGGCCCAAACCAAACUCAAGCGAGUGGUUAA